GCAGAAGUCACUUGAAGGUCUUCCCGCAAGAGGUUCUUCUUACAACGGAGAACAAAUACGGUAUCCAGGUUUUUCACUAAGCGAAAGUGCAUCCGACAUCGUAAUUGAUGAACAGCGGGGGACCAUUCUGUCAGCUCCUUGAUCACAUCCCCUUCCUCGGUGAAGUUCGAGUUCAUAUAUCAAAUUGGUUCACCUUCAAAAUCCAAUGCCAUCUAUGUUUUCAUAAACAAGAAGGAUUUUAUUGGUAAAGUACUCUACAACUACCAAUGGAUCUAUAGGCUAGCUGAUUGUCGGAGAGUAAUAACCCGAGAUUGCCGAGACUCGUAACAUCGGAUAAUGUUUUGCUUGAUAGUUGACGCAGCUUUGAUAAAGUUUUUGGUCUGACAGGAUGGCGUCUCCUGUAGCAAAAGCUCCAGCAGUUGUUGUCGAAACUUUCAAAGAUGAGGGAAAUGGCAAUUACGAAGAUGGGGAGAAUGUGACCAUAGUCGUUCCAGGGAGUGAAAGGUUCGACACGGAGAGCCGCAAAGACAACAUGCUGGAUACCUUAAGAAAAAUGGGAGGACUGACUCCAAAGGUGACCAUCGGGGAAAAUAAAGGGAAGGUGAGACUGAGGACGACGCAGGAGCUCCGAGAAAUGCUUGACAAGAAGAAUAUAGAUUCCAAACAGUCGCCGAUACCAGAGGAAGUCGAUGACGCAGGCGGCCAGGGGAAAGAAAACGACGAUUACCCCUGGCGGAGGUUCUCCAAUGAGGCGACGCGACGGGGGUUGCAUCCGCAGAGGUCGAGGAGUAAGAGCGAUGAAGGGAUGCCCAUGUUAAGCGCGUACGAUCACGAUGGCGGAUCCAGUCGAAGAUUACGAAGUCGACGACGACGGCUGUACGCGAAGGACAAUGGUCUGGAUCUAGCACCUGAAGAGGAUGAAGAAGAAGAUGUCGAUAUUCACGCUGGUCGAGUGCGCCGGGGAAGCAUUAUGAUCCCGGCGAUGACUCCGAAAUCACGCAACCGUGGUCGAUACCGGAAAGGUAGUCAAGACCUUGCGAUCGACGAGGAAAGUACCUUCGGCGACGAUGACGCCGAUAUCGGCGGCAAGCGGGGCAGUCGAUCGCAGCUCCUCACCAACACUGUCUUGAAGAAUGACCAGGAGACGAAGAAGAGGCGGUCGAGAUCGCGACGGUCUUCGAUGAUGCCUCAGUCAGAGCAAGGUAAACUGAUGCCUUCUCGAGGUCGGUUUCUUUCGCUCCCUGGUUCGUCGAGGAGAUCGCGAAGAGGAAGCGUUUCCGACGUGGAAGAUGAUGAGGAUGACGACGACGAUGACGAUGGUGGUGGAUUUGACAGGCUAAAACGGGGUGGGUUCCUAUCAACCGGUGCCUCCAAUGAUAUACAGAAGACGAACAAGGAGCUCAAAGAGGAGAUGAGGAGACGGAAUAGGAAGCGACUUAUUCGAAAAUUCAAGAUCUACUGCAAACUGAUAACCUCCUUUCAUCGACUUUGCCAGGCUUAUUUUCUCAGUGUGAACACCAAUAGUUCCGACUUCCAAGGCAUUCAUGGUUUACUGGACGAGCCUGAACAAGAACUUCUCUUUGACGUCAGAAAAUUCAGAGCCAACAAGGAGUCUGGAAUAUCCGCUGAUGCGAGAAGAAUCCUGUCCACUCGGCCGAGCAACAGGACGGAGAAGGAUACAUAUCAUGUACUGAUUUCGAUGAGGAACUACCCGACAUUUUGCGAGUACCCUCUGGCAAUGCAGCAACAGAUUGUGGGUGUUGGUUUUUACGUGUCCUAUCAAGCACAAAGGAUCAUCCUCAGGCAAGGCCAUUGGGCAGAAAACUUCUACUUCAUACUCUCCGGUUCAGUGGUGGUGAGUGUGAUGGAUGAAGGAACGCAUCAGAAUCGAACUGUAGUCUAUCUGAACAGAGGAGAAACAUUCGGGGAGCUUGGCCUCGUCAACCGAGCAAAAAGGCAGGCUACAGUCAUCGCAAGGGAACGCAUAGAGAUGAUCGUUAUCAAUGGAAAUGAUUACACAAGAAUCUUUAUGGCCGGUGGUCUUUCAACUCUUCUCAAUCCACAACAAAACGACAAUGCUUUUGUCAGAAACCUACGAUUCUUGGAAGGCUGGCCUCUCCAUCGGCUCGCAGAGAACCCAAAGAAAUGCAUCUUUUCCUAUUUCAAACGGGGAGAUGUUCUUAUUCGAGAAAGUAGGAGAUCAGAUUGGAUCAUCAUAGUAAAAUCAGGCAGCUGCCAAGUUAUGAAACUGCUACGGAAGGCAAGGCCCAAAUCAAGGCGAAAUAACACUGCAGACGAAGAGGACGACGCAGCAAACAAACAACAGAAACGUUGGUCGAACCGUCUGACAUCAAAGGCCAUGGCUGGGACCCUCAUUGAAAACUUUGAACAACGCAAGAAACGAGAAGAGUUCGAAGACUUCAUGAAAGACCUCAACGUCAACGAAGACGGCUCAGCAAAGUCUCACAAUCGAGGAGAACAACGCACAUCAUCAGACGACUCAGACAAGAGAGAUGAGCAUGACGUCGAGAUCGACGAUGAAUGGGCUGAGGAAGAAAUCGACUUUGGUGAUGAAGACGACAAGGAAACAGCGCCCCCAUCGAAUUCAAAGAGUCCAAUGGGUGAUAAGAAUACUCCAACUAAACUUAAAUCGGCCUACCUAUCAAGGAAAAGAAGCAAGUCAAUGGAUGGUGUUCCUAGUGUGUUAUUCGAAGAGGAGGAAGACAAUGGAGUUGAAGAGGGAGUUAAUCCAAUAGCGGACAUCUUGUUUCUCCAUAACGUGCAGCAGAAGGCUGAUAAACAGAAAUCGAACGUCGGAAAGAAGAAAACUCUCCUCGACGACAUCGGCGGAUCCGAUGUCGAAGGCGUAGACGUGGAUGAAAACACAGAGCCGAUAUGGGUUCGAGUGCAGACGCUUAUCAAGGGAUCUGUAUUCGUAAGUAUACGCGCAUAGCUUUAUUAUCACAAAUGCUACCAUGGAUUCAGUCACACCAACGAGGCGAAUCCCAGACCGAUCAAAGCUAUUACGUUAUUUCGAAUGGCAUAUCAUCGGUCGGUUUGGAGUUGGUUUCGUUGAUGUGACUGGGCAUGACUUGUAACAUAUACUUCAGGGAAAAUGCAUCUUUAUGACGUCAUUAUGUGAAUGCUUAACCCUAAAAGGACUGGGCUAUUUGAGAUGUAUUGAGGACAGGGGCAUGAUGCCCCCCUUCUGAUCUCGGCCGCCGUUCGCGCCGAAAUUUGGCACGCACAUUCUUUACAACAUAAACUACAAGCUAGUAUACAAAAAUCUGAAAAUAGUAAUAUUUUAUUUAUUAUGAAUAAAAUAUGCAAAUUUAUUCAUGAAAAACAUUAUUUGCAUAUUUAACACCCAACCUGCAUUAGUGACGGUUUUUUUUUCGUAACUUCUUUCGAUAGUUCAACGUGCACAUGAAUAGAAACAAGAAUCAUUUUCAAUCUGGAAACACUGUUGUGAAGUGGGGAAAGUGGGGUCAUAAAUAAUCAAGUCUCACAAAUAAAUAGUUUUUGUUUUUAUAUUAUGGCAUAUAAGUUUAUUCAUAUUUCAUUUCAUUUUCAUAAUGUAGAAAAGUACAAACUAUUCAAAUUAGUAUAAGACAUUGGUUGAAUAUAAAUCCCAGUCAGGGCAUGCAACCCAAUCAAAGUAACUUAACAAUCAUGGAAAUAGUUCCAUAUGCGCCCCCACUAAAAUUGAAAAUAAAAUCAGUAUGACAAAUAAGAAAACAAUUACCAUAAUACCACCGAUAUAUGUUUGGCAAAAUCACUCUCUAAUUUUUACACCAGUACACGUGAUCAAUCAACGAUACCAUAAUAAUGGCGUCAAUCCCUUUUCAAAAUAUAUACGAUUACGUUCAUGAUCAAUGCAUGAAACACUGCAUAACGCUUUUAGGCAUUGUGUCGACAAGGCCAAAUUCGGUUUGGAUACCUUUUUGCAAUUUCUAACCGGGAGAUUCACGUAUAACAAAAGAUCAUUUACGUAAUAGACUUAGCAACGCCAUUACAUAAAUAAAGGAAAACCCGGACGAUCUCAGGUUAGGGGUGAAGGUAGUUUAUUACCGUGACCGAGUCAACCAUGACGUAUGGAACGCCAUACGAGUCACAAACAAUUAACACAUAUAGUGGCGUGACCACUUUUUCUCCUUCCCGUGAUUAUUUAAGAGUACAUACAUUUGCAACAAGCAAAUCCAGAAAUAUAUACAACACGAAAGCUAACAGCUAACUAUUGAAUUAAAACUUAAUAUACAGCUCUACGCCCAAAUGACAAAACAUGCAUUUACUCCUUAAACUGAAGCAAACUAAAGAAUCAUUUCAAUCUUACUUUUCCAUUUGCAACUACCAACUCCAAUUGUACUAACUCCAAUCUUU